UCCUCAAAGUCAUCUCCCUUUCUUUUGUCUCUCUCUCUCUCUCUCUCUCUCUCCCUCUCUCUCUCUCAAUUACCUGCGCUUUUGCCCAGUGCUAUUAUACCUUCCCUUCUUCUCUUGCUUAAAUCAAGGCCUACCUUCUUUUCUUCAUUUUCCAGAUGAGAUUGAUCACUGCUUGAUUUUUAGUUCAAAUGAUUUUAUUAUUUUCUGUCUUUUUACUUAUCUUGCAAACUUCCCAUUGAUUUCCCUUUUAGCCCCCUCAAUUUUGAAUAUAGAAUCAUACUAUUAAUUGCAAGAAUGGCUGCCCCGCCUAGUAGCCGCUUGCAGGGUAUGUUGCAGGCCGCGGUGCAAUCGGUUCAGUGGACUUACAGUCUCUUCUGGCAAUUUUGUCCCCAGCAAGGGAUCUUAGUGUGGGGAGAUGGGUAUUACAAUGGAGCAAUCAAGACUAGAAAGACAGUGCAACCAAUGGAGGUUAGUGCCGAGGAGGCUUCUUUGCAAAGGAGCCAGCAGCUUAGAGAGCUUUACGAGUCAUUGUCAGCAGGAGAGACGAACCAGCCAGCAAGGAGGCCUUGUGCAGCGUUGUCCCCGGAGGACUUAACGGAGUCUGAGUGGUUUUAUUUGAUGUGUGUGUCCUUCUCUUUUCCUCCUGGUGUGGGGUUACCGGGAAAGGCAUAUGCACGACGGCAGCAUGUGUGGCUCACCGGUGCAAAUGAGAUUGACAGCAAAACUUUUUCUAGGGCUAUUCUUGCCAAGAGUGCCCGUAUACAGACUGUAGUAUGCAUCCCCCUUCUUGAUGGUGUCGUGGAGCUCGGAACAACUGAGAAGGUUCAAGAGGACCUUGGAUUUGUCCAACAAGUGAAGGGCUUCUUCAUUGACCACCACCAUCCCCCUCUUCCCCCACCACCAAAACCGGCUCUCUCGGAACACUCAACUUCCAACCCCGCCACCUCAUCAGAUCAACCCCACUUCCACCCCCCCAUCCCUUCCAUAUACGGCGCCACAGACCCUCGUACGAAUGAUAAACAAGACGAAGACGAUGAGGAGGAGGAGGAAGAAGAAGAUGACGAAGAAGAGGAAGACGGGUCUGACUCAGAAGCCGAAACAGGUCGAAACACUCGCUCUGUCGCUAUGCAAGCACAAAACGCCGAAACCGUAACAACAGCAGAGCCAAGCGAACUGAUGCAACUGGAGAUGUCCGAGGAUAUUAGGCUUGGAUCACCAGACGAUGGGUCAAAUAAUUUGGAGUCAGAUUUCCAUUUAAUCGGUUCAGAGAAUCCGGCGGUUCAUCAGAAUCGAGGUGACUCAUUUAGAGCAGAGUCGGCUCGGAGGUGGGAGAUGGUGCAAGACCCGCUGAGUAGUAGCCUUCAAGCAGCACCUUCCGCAGGACCACCUCCACACCAAGGGAUGCCGCAGGAAGACACUCACUACUCCCAAACUGUCUCCGCCAUUCUCCAGAGCCAGCGCAUCCGGUGGGCUGAAUCAUCCUCCGCCGCUUACCUCUCAUACUCCAAUCAAUCAGCAUUCACUAAGUGGACAAACCGCUGCUCCGAUCACGUCCUCCACUUUUCCGUCGAGGGCACAUCCCAGUGGUUCCUCAAGUACAUUCUCUUCAGCGUACCCUACCUCCACCACAAAUACCGCGAAGAGAAUUCACCCAAGUCACGUGAUGGCGACUCCGCUAAUCGCUUCCGCAAGGGCGGCGCCCCUCAGGAUGAGCUCAGUGCCAACCACGUGCUCGCCGAGCGCCGACGUCGAGAGAAGCUGAACGAGAGGUUUAUAAUACUAAGGUCGCUAGUGCCGUUCGUCACCAAAAUGGACAAGGCAUCAAUAUUAGGGGACACCAUCGAGUACGUGAAGCAACUCCGUAAAAAGAUUCAGGAAUUGGAGGCGCGUAACCGACAUAUGGAGAUUGAGCAACGGUCAAGAUUGGCAGAACCACCACGGAGAACGUCUAGCUUGAAAGAACAAAGAAGCACGGUCACCGUGACGGAUAGGGCUAGGAAUGGUCCAGGAUCAGAUAAGAGGAAAUUAAGGAUAGUGGAGGUUAGUGGUGGCUGCGCGAAGCCUAAGACGGUGGAGACAUCGGCGUUGAUGGAGGCAGAGACCAAUGUAGAAGUGUCGAUAAUAGAGUGCGAUGCGUUGCUAGAGAUACAAUGUGGGUACAGAGAGGGACUGUUACUUGAUAUAAUGCAAAUGCUUAGGGAGCUUCGGAUAGAAACCACGGCUGUUCAGUCAUCUUUGAAUAAUGGGGUGUUUGUGGCUGAAUUGAGGGCUAAGGUAAAGGACAAUGUUGCUGGAAAGAAGGUAAGCAUUGUAGAGGUAAAGAGGGCAAUACGUCAGAUAAUUCCCCAUGACUGAUUUUUCUCUAUUUUGGGACUAGCUUAGAGUAAUUAAUAAUUUUACGUGCUGACUCUUAGUGAUGAUCAUAAUCUCACGUAGCCAAUGUACAAUUUUAGUAUCAUAUUAUUGUAGAGUUGAGGCCAAAUGGUCAUCUGUGAAAUGUAAUCUAUAUUGUAUAACAUGUAUCCAUGAAAAAUGCAAGAUUAUUUUUGCUGCUCCA